AUGGAAUUGACAUUCCUGACUGAAACGGGGAACACAUUCACAGUUGAAAUCGACCCAAACAUGGAGAUGCAAGAUGUAAUGGCUUUGUUAGAAGCGGAGUCUGGCAUACCUAUAGGCGAACAAAGCAUUUCCUACGAGGACAGAGAUCUACACAACCCCGGGGCGACCAUCAACCAGCUUGGUGUCCGAGGCCCGUCUGCAACUCUGUUACUUCGACGGAGGGUUGUUAACUCGGCUGGACAAACUAUCGAGCAGGACUCGGAAAUGAUGCGAUUACAGCUGCUCGGAGAUCCUGACCUCAUGGGACAACUCCAGCAGGCACAACCCGAGCUCGCGCAAGCAGCCCAGUCAGACCCGGCCCGCUUCGCUGAGCUCCUUCGCCAGACACGCGACCGGCAGGAUAACCUAGAGAUGGAGCGCCUACGCGAAAUCGAAACCCUGAAUGCCGAUCCCUUCGAUGUUGAGGCUCAACGAAAGAUCGAAGAGGCCAUUCGCCAGCAGGCAGUCAUGGAGAACAUGCAACAUGCAUUGGAAUAUUCUCCAGAGAGCUUUGGGCGAGUUCAUAUGCUUUAUAUCCCAGUCGAGGUCAAUGGUCACCCUGUGACAGCAUUCGUUGACAGUGGAGCUCAACAGACGAUCAACUUGGAGAAGAACGUUCUGCGGAUACAAGGUCGUGAAGUCAAGUUCCUCUCGGAACACGAAUUGCCGGACAAAGCUCGCGACUUCGGCAGCGGCGAGCCUUCGGAGACAUCAAAUCAACCGAGCGGGUCGUCCGCAGGCUCCUCGUUCCCUGGUGGUGGCAACACCUUGGGCGGCGCGCCUGCUCAGAACCUCGGCCGACCGAAUGCUGGCCAUUCGCGUCAUAGCUCAUCGGAAUACCCAGAAGCACAUAUCACGAUGUUAAUGGACCUUGGGGCGACAAGAGAGGUCGCGAUUAGCAGCUUGAAGGCAGCUGGAGGAAACAUAGACGUUGCAGCUUCCCUCUUGUUUUAG